AGGAAGAAUGUGGGGAAGAUUAUCAGCGCGGACUCUUAAGUCUUAAGUAUGGCGGCAGAAAAAGAAAGUAGCUAUUUUGUGAGAGAAAUCGAGAAAAAUGAUGGGUGUGUUCUCAAAUUAAAACAAUGCCACAAAGGAGACGUUGGUUGUGUGGUUUGGGAUGCAGCGAUCGUGCUGGCAAAAUAUCUGGAAACGAGAAGCUUUAAGGACCCGGCUACCGGAGGGAACAGAUGGGCUGGCCAACAUGUACUGGAGUUGGGAGCAGGCACUGGAGUUGUUGGGCUGAUGGCUGCAUCAUUAGGAGCUCACGUCACCGUGACAGACUUGGAGGAUUUGCAGACACUCCUGCAAGUAAAUAUCGUAGAAAACAAGGGGGUUAUUAGCUGUGGAUCCAUCACUGCCAAGGUACUUAAAUGGGGUGAAGAUGUUUCGGACUUCCUCCCACCUCCAGACUAUGUGUUGAUGGCGGAUUGUAUCUAUUAUGAACAGUCUGUUGUGCCAUUGGUGGAAAGCUUGAAGAAACUUUCCGGACCCUCAACUUGCAUCAUUUGCUGCUAUGAGCACAGAACUGUUGGCAUUAACCCAAGAGUCGAAGCACAGUUCUUCGAGUUGCUGCGGAAAGACUUCAACUGGGAGGCAGUUCCUUUAGAACAGCAAGACCCAGAAUUCAGCAGUCCGGACAUCCGAAUACUGAAUAUAAAACGGAAUAUCUGAAUUAUUAUUUAUAACAUUUGCCUUUCCUGAGUGAGGCAGAAGAAUAUUUGUUAAUAAUUUGUCCUUCUGUUUUGAAGAAGUGUGUGAAUUUUUUUUGUGACUUUCAUCCGGUAAUUGUUAAUUCACUAAGUUUUAGUGACUUUACGUGUUUUUCUCUUAAAACAAAUGAAUUGAAAGGAACAACAGAUAUCCUCCCUACAAUCAAAUAAACCUUUCUACCUUGUUAA